UUAUCAAAUGUUCAGCUACUCAAGUCAGCUUAAAAUGAAGAUCCUCCGCUGCAGCUUGCUCCUCCGCUCACCUUCCUCUCAUCUCACAGAGAGAAAUAGAAGAAGAGGAAGAGUAGUUGAAAGAAACCAUGCUCGGAAUGGCUUUGAGAGUUAAGAGGGGAUUGGCGAUCAGGACUGGAAUUAGAACGCAGCAGCAGCAAUUCUCCACUCACUCGACUCCUGCGAGGCUAGCCGGCAAAGUCGCGAUCAUCACCGGCGCCGCUAGCGGCGUCGGAAAGGCAACAGCCGCGGAGUUCAUCCACCACGGCGCACAGGUCGUCCUCGCAGACAUCCAGCACGAGCUCGGCAAGUAUGUUGCCGCCGAGCUCGGCCCCGGCGCCACCUUCGUCCCCUGCGACGUCACCCAGGAGCCCCAAGUCGCUGCCGUCGUCGACCUCGCGGUCGCCAAGCACGGCCGCCUGGACAUCAUGUACAACAACGCCGGCAUUUGUGGACCCAUGACCUUCGCCGUCACCGACGUCGACCUCACCGAGUUCGACCGCGUCAUGGCCGUCAACGUCCGGUCAGUGGUGGCGGGGAUCAAGCACGCGGCGCGGGUGAUGGUCCCGCGCCGCGCCGGGAGCAUCCUCUGCACGGCGAGCAUCACCGGGUUGGUCGGCGGGCUGGCGCCGCUCACCUAUUCGCUGUCGAAGGCGGCGGUGGCGGCUGCAGUGCGGUUAUCCGCGGCGGAGCUGAGCAACCACGGGAUAAGGGUGAAUUGCAUCUCGCCGGUCGGGCUGCCGACGCCAUUCGGUAUCAAAGCGAUCAGAGAAAUCUUCCCGGAUAUGGAAGAGCAGCGGGCGGUGGAGAUGAUCGAGCUGUCCUCCGCGGAGUUGGCAGGGACGAAGUGCGAGGUGGAAGACGUGGCGAAGGCGGCGACGUUCUUGGCUUCGGAUGAAGCUAAGUACAUCAGCGGCCAUAAUCUCGUGGUGGAUGGAGGAUUCACUACAUCUAAACGCUUAAAACUUUCACCGUAGUGAUAAAUCCUCAGGCUGUGAACUGGUUUCAUUAAUAAAAAGAGAUCAUUUCAUUUUGUCUCA